AUGGGAUUCCUCCAACGACUCGAAGUCUCGCGACCUGAAGGACACGAGGGUGGUGACUCGUGGUAUAGCAACGAUGAUCUCCUUCCCGUCCCCCCUUCGCAACGCUUGUGGAAGAACUGGUACGUCGUGACCUACCGCGUGUUAUCCUCGAGUUCGGCAUCGAGUGGCACGGCGCUCGGUGUCGCUGACACGCGCCGAGCUCCGUGACCGCCGGGGAAGGGCCUACGAUGUAGAGCGGGCAAGGCAGACUUUCCUUUCGGUUACCAAUCACGCUCGAUCAUGGCGGGAAAAGGCUGACGUUGUGGUCCAUCCCAUCCUUCGCUAACAUCAAUAGGAACUACAUCACUUUCUGGCUCGCCGAUUCGUAAGUCGACGUGCAAUCCUGCCUCCCGUCGGCAAGCGUAACCCGAGGCUGACAUUUUUGGAACCAAAAAAAUUAAAAAUCCCCGUUCUACGAAAAUCUCCAUCCGCUUCCCGCUCCCCCUUUCGAUGGUUCGCGCAGAUUCAAUCUCAACUCGUUCAUGAUCGCGUCUUCCAUCGUCGGAUCCGGCAUGAGUUGGUGGGCGGCUUGGUUGACCGUUUGGGUGGGUUACUCGGUCGCCGCCGGCUUCUUGGUCCUCAACGCCUACGCCGGUGCCAAGUAUCAUAUCAUCUUCCCCGCGUACAUCCGGGCCAGCUUCGGUACACUCGGCGCUCUCUGGCCCGUGUUCAACCGCGCCGGCAUGGCCUGCAUCUGGUGGGGUGUCCAAGCUUGGAUCGGUGGCGAAUGCACGUACGCCCUCCUCUGCGCGAUCUGGCCCUCGACCCGUAACCUCUCCAACACCCCCUUGUCCUCGACCGACGUUGGUCAAUGGCUCGGCUUCUUCCUGUUCUGGCUCAUCUCGCUCGUCCCCAUGUGGUGGCCAAUGCACACUAUCCGUCACUUCUUCACCCUCAAGGCUAUCGUCGCCCCCAUCGCCGGGUUGGGCCUGUUCGGAUGGUGCAUCGCUCGAGCAGGAGGUGCUGGUGACGCGCUCAAAGCCCCCACGACGAUUCACCGCUCCAAAUUUGGCUGGCUCUUUGUCGCCUCGACCAUGUCUUGCAUCAGCAACAUGGCGACGCUCAUCACCAACGUAGGUAUUCCUUGUUCCUUAUUUCUCGGGCGGGAGGUCUCUUCUCCGAUCAGGUGCUGACUUGAAUCAUACGCAUCUUAACAGGCCGUUGAUUUUGCUUCGCGUGCAAACACGCCCAAGGCCGUCAUCGUCCCUCAGCUCAUCGCAUUGCCCGUGUGCUUCUCGAUGGUCUCCCUUUUCGGUAUCCUGAUCGCUUCGUCGACCAGUGAGUCUAGCUUCGCGUGGGCGUUGCUGUGGCUUCGGCGCACACCGCUGACGCCCCUCCCGAACACCUUCUUUUGCUCAGCCGUCAUCUUUGGCGAAUUCGUCUGGAGCCCUCUCGACAUCCUCACGCGCUUCCUCGACGAACCGGGAGCCUCGCACGGUACCCGCGCAGGUGUCGCAUUCAUUGUCAUUGGUUUCAUCAUCGCUCAGAUCGGUACAAACAUUGCUGCCAACUCGCUCUCCGCCGGUUGCGAUUUGACCUCGCUCGCGCCUCGUUUCAUCAACAUCCGACGGGGUGGUUACGUCGCUGCAAUUGUCGGGUCAGUGCUUCAAUCACCUUGGGACUACUUCUCCCCCGGCUUCCCGUUCUCGAGCUGACCCAUGCAACCUUCCUCGACCUCGUCCAGUCUAUGCAUGUGCCCGUGGAAGUUGUUGGAGAGCUCGAACCUGUUCACGUCGUACCUGUCGGCGUACUCGGUCUUCCUCUCGUCGAUCUGUGGUGUCAUGCUUUCGCACUACUACAUUGUCGCCGGCCGUAAGCUCAAGAUCGAUGAUCUCUACGUUCGCUACGGCGUGUACGAGUACUACCACGGCUUCAACUUGCGUGCUUACGCGGCUUACAUCGCCGGUAUCGCCCCCAACUUGCCUGGUAUGUUAUUCAUUUCCACAAGUGGGUUGUCAUCGGCCUAAAAUACUGAUCUCUGUCCUCUCUUGCUUCCUACUCAGGCUUCAUCGGUGCCGUUGGGAAACCCGCGGCGCCCGCCGCUCGCCACAUCUACGAGCUGUCCUUCUUCGUCGGCUGCGGUGUUUCUGCGCUCGUCUACGUCCUCUUGUGCAAGGCGUUCCCCUUGCCCGAAAUCACCGACGACGAAGCCAACACCGUCACCGUGGGUCGUGAGGCCGCCGAAUUGGGUCUUGGCGGUAUGAGGGAUGGCAGCUACUAUAGCGAGAAGGACGAUUCCAAAUCCGAGGAGUAUGGAACCGUCAACGUUGCUCAGGUCGUCUAA